AUGCGUCUUUUGAACGUACUUGCUGCUUUGGUGGCCUUCACCAGUAAUUUCGUGGCCGUCACCAGUAUACGCGUCCCCUUCAAGACGAGUCCUCACCAAACAAACGCGAAAGUCGCAAGCAAAGUCAUUUCAGCUGAAGAAUUAUCACAUUGGCGUGAGGGCCGAGAAUUUCAUGACGAUUUACUUGGCGGAAUUGUCGUAUGCGAACAUAGCAAUGGCAUAGCAGUGCACGAGGAAGAUGUUAAGCAAGCCAGAGACGACCUACGUGAGUGGGCCAAAGACCCCGAGACCGGAGAUCCGUACAUCAAGGAAUUUGGUAGGAGAACCUCAAAGAAAUACAGGAUCCCCACUGAGAAGUCUACUUUUGCCUUCGCCUAUGCUUGUGACUAUGGCGAGGGGCAAGAGAUUAAUUAUGAUUCUCUCGACCUCAUAGGGCGGUUGAUCAUCGAGUUCUGCGGCGUAAACGGCUUAGGCUAUAUCUCGAUAUAUAAAUGGAAGGCAAGUUACGGUUGGACCAUGCAAACCAGAGACGAUUAUUGCUAUCCGGAGAAGGAACACCUGAAACAGCCCGAACCGAAGUGA